AUGGCCACCUACAAAGUCAAGGUGGCCACAGGCACCGACCUCAUGUCCGGAACACUGGACUCCAUUUCACUGACCAUCGUGGGGACUCAAGGAGAGAGCCAUAAGCAGCUGCUAAACCACUUUGGGAGAGACUUCGCUACUGGGGCGGUGGACGAGUACACUGUGCGGUGCCAGCAGGACCUAGGGGAGCUCAUCAUCAUCCGCCUGCACAAAGAGCGUUACUCCUUCUUCCCCAAGAAUCCAUGGUACUGCAACUACGUGCAGAUCUGUGCUCCCAAUGGCCAUGUCUACCACUUCCCUGCCUACCAGUGGAUGGAUGGCUACGAGACCCUGGCGCUCCGCGAGGCCACAGGAAAGACAGCAGCAGACGAUACCCUCCCCAUUCUCCUGCAACACAGACAAGAGGAGAUCAGAGCCAAGCAGGACUUCUACCACUGGAGGGUCUUUGUUCCUGGCCUGCCCAACUAUGUGCACAUUCCCAGUUACCAUCCCCCUGUCAGGAGGUGCCGCAACCCCAACCGGCCUGAAUGGAAUGGUUACAUUCCUGGAUUCCCGAUUCUCAUUAACGUCAAAGCCACCAAGUUCCUGAAUUCAAAUCUCCGAUUCUCCUUUGUCAAGACAGCCUCCUUUUUCUACCGCCUGGGGCCCAUGGCCCUGGCAUUCAAACUCCGUGGCCUGGUGGACAGAAAGCGCUCAUGGAAGAGACUAAAGGACAUUAAGAACAUUUUUCCUGCCACCAAGACAGUCAUUUCUGAGUAUGUGUAUGAGCAUUGGGCAGAAGAUAGCUUUUUUGGAUAUCAGUACCUCAAUGGCAUCAACCCAGGCUUAAUCCGGCGCUGCACACAGAUCCCGGACAAAUUCCCGGUUACAGACGACAUGGUGGCUCCAUUCCUGGGAGAGGGAACAUGCCUGCAAGCAGAGCUGGAGAAGGGGAACAUUUACCUGGCAGACUACCGCAUCCUGGAGGGCAUUCCCACUGUGGAGCUCAAUGGUCAUAAGCAACAUCACUGUGCCCCCCUCUGCCUGCUGCACUUUGGACCCGAAGGCAACAUGAUGCCCAUUGCUAUCCAGCUCAGCCAGACCCCUGGGCCUGAUUGCCCUAUCUUCCUGCCCAGUGAUUCUGAGUGGGACUGGCUGUUGGCCAAGACUUGGGUGCGCUAUGCAGAAUUCUACAGCCAUGAGGCCAUUGCACACCUGCUGGAGAGUCACCUCAUUGGGGAAGCCUUCUGCCUAGCCCUGUUGAGGCAACUACCCAUGUGCCACCCCAUAUACAAGCUCCUCAUCCCCCACACCCGGUACACUGUCCAGAUCAACAGCAUUGGGCGGGCCCUCCUCCUCAAUGAAGGGGGGCUCUCUGCCAGGGCCAUGUCCCUGGGCCUGGAGGGCUUCGCUGAGGUGAUGGUGCGCGCUCUAUCAGAGCUCACCUAUGACAGCCUUUUCAUCCCCAAUGACUUUGUGAAGCGUGGGGUUGAAGACCUGCCUGGAUAUUAUUACCGUGACGACAGCUUAGCAGUGUGGUAUGCGAUAGAAAGGUAUGUUACCGAGAUCAUCACCUAUUAUUACCCGAGUGACGCAGCUGUGGAGGGUGACUCUGAAUUGCAGUGCUGGGUACAGGAGAUAUUCAAGGAGUGCCUCCUAGGGCGCGAGAGCUCAGGCUUUCCCACCUGCCUGCGAACAGUACCUGAGCUGAUCAACUAUGUCACCAUGGUCAUGUACACCUGCUCUGCCAGGCACGCAGCGGUCAACACUGGCCAGGUACCUGUGUUCACGUCCUGGAUGCCCAACUUCCCAUCGUCCAUGCGGAACCCACCGAUGCAGGCCAAGGGGCUGACCACUUUUCAGAGCUACAUGGACACGUUGCCGGACGUGAAGACCACGUGCAUCGUGCUCCUGGUUCUCUGGACUCUCUGCAGGGAGCCUGAUGACAGGCGGCCGCUGGGCCACUACCCGGACAUCCACUUCGUGGAGGAGGCCCCGCGGAGGAGCAUGGAGGCCUUCCGCCAGCGCCUGGCCCAGAUCUCGCACAACAUUCGCCAGCGCAACAAGUGCCUCCCCAUCCCCUACUACUACCUGGACCCGGUGCUGAUCGAAAACAGCAUCUCCAUCUAG